UGCACAGAGAGGUCCAAGUCAAACGAGAAUCUUCCUCCUUGUGAUAUAUUGUUGCGCAGCUGCGCUGCUUUUCUCUGAGCUUGUUCAGCUCCGCCCGCCGGUCGAUAAAAGCCAAGGCUUCACCAGGGCUGCAGUACAGCGUCUGUCCCUAACUCCUCAAAACUCUGUGAUACACGCACUCUGCAGCAACAGCACUCAAAGGGCCCAAAAGGACUUCAGCCUGAUGUGUGGAUCUCAGCCUGGAUCCCGUACAUACCGUACGUACCUAACUCACUAAUGUGGAAGAGACCCAGAGAAGCAACCUAAAGAGGAGGGGAAUCAAAGGAGAAAGUGGCUUAAGGAUUGAAAGAGGUGUAUGCCAUAAAGACCUGACCGAAAAUGGUGGCUGCAUCACUUCAUUUUGCUUAUCAACUCAUCUCAGUCUUCCACCUAUGUUGGUUACAUCUGGCUCAUGGUGGAGCAUAUUAUGGACAGAAACAGCCACCUCAACAGCCCCAGGCCUUACCACAGUACGGUGAUGGGUUUCCUCAGCAACAGUUUCUGGGUAAUGAGAUGCCACCCUCAUCUUAUGGAAACGAAGGGCCAUUGCUGACUCAGUAUGGAAAAGAGUUUCCUCAACUACCUUUGCAAAUGGGAAAACAGAGACCAUUGGGAAAUGGUAAAGGUAAAGGGCAAACUUUCCCAAGAGGAUCUAAAGGUCCACAACCAGUUCCUGGUGGGGAUGUUAUCCGAGAGGGACCACAAGGAAUUCAGGGUCCACCAGGAGCAAGAGGCCCCCCAGGACCAUCAGGCAACCCAGGCCAACCAGGACAGGGGUUGCCAGGUCCGCCGGGAAAGCCAGGACCCCCUGGUCCUCUGGGCUACAAAGGAAUUGGAAAACCUGGUAUGCCAGGGAUGCCAGGAAAACCUGGAGGAUCUGGAAUACCAGGACAAAAAGGUGACCUUGGUCCAAAUGGUGGUGAAGGGCCAACUGGACACCCCGGGCCUCCGGGACUCCCAGGUCCUUCAGGUCUACCUGGAAUCGCAAAGCAUGGAGGUUUGGGGCUGCCAGGCGUGACAGGCCCACCAGGAGAGCCUGGCCCAAAAGGUCCACCAGGGUUACCUGGUUUGUCAGGCCCAAAGGGAGACAAAGGAGUUGGCCUACCUGGUUUUCCAGGUUUGAAAGGACCUGGUGGACCACAAGGUCCCCCUGGACAAGUGGGCCUCCCUGGCAUUGGUAAACCUGGCCUUAAUGGUCUCCCUGGGCAGCCAGGGAUACCAGGAAAACCUGGUGGUCCUGGAGAAUCAGGGGUGGUAGGGUCACCUGGUGAAAGAGGCCUUCCAGGUGUACCAGGCAUGCCAGGAAUUGGAAAACCAGGAAAAGAUGGUUUCAAUGGUCAACCAGGGCCCACAGGUGGGAGAGGGGAGCCAGGUCUUCCUGGUUCAUCAGGGCCUCCUGGGUUGCCAGGUUAUGGUAAACCAGGGUUUCCUGGCCAAAAUGGUCAUAAAGGACAUGCUGGUAUUCCAGGACCACUUGGCCCAAAAGGAGAUAAAGGUAAUGUAGGUCUUCCAGGGGUCAUUGGUCCCACCGGCGUUAGUGGAAUGCCUGGUCAGCCAGGUCCGAUAGGGCCUCCUGGUAGUCUUGGAUUCACGGGACAAAAGGGAGAGGAUGGUGAUGGAGGCCAAAGAGGAAAUCCAGGAGCAAAGGGUCAAAUUGGGCCUUCGGGUCUUCCAGGACAGCCUGGCAGAGGAGGGGAGUCAGGACAACCUGGACCAAGAGGUUUUCAAGGACCUACUGGUCCUAAGGGAGAAGGCGGUAUGAGGGGUUUACCUGGUGCUCCAGGUGCUUCAGGAUUAUCAGGACCAAGAGGAGAGGGGGGAGAACCUGGAGACAAAGGCCCCCAAGGACCACAGGGUAUUCCUGGACUUUCCGGACCAGGAGGACCGAUUGGACCUCCUGGACUUCCAGGGCAAAAAGGUGAAACAGGCCCAUCAGGAAACCCUGGUUAUCCUGGUGAGGGAAACCCAGGACCCCCUGGUCAAGUUGGCUCUCAAGGUAGCCCAGGUCCAAUUGGCCCUCCCGGACUUACAGGACAACAAGGACCCCCUGGCCCCCCUGGUCCUCCAGGACUACCUGCUGCAUCUCCUGACCUAGUGCAGAUCCUGCCACACAGUGGCCCAUACAAUGGCCAAGGUUACAAGAAGCCCAAGAAUGGAGGGGAGAUUAGUGAAGCUAGCCUGGAGAUGCCUGCAUUCACAGCAAAGCUUACAACUCCAUACCCUCCUGUUGGGUCUCCCAUCAUCUUUGACAAACUCCUGCACAACGGCAAUCAGGACUACAGUCCCCAAAAUGGUGUUUUUACCUGUCGGAUACCAGGCAUCUACUACUUUGCUUACCACGUCCACUGCAAAGGGAGUAAUGUUUGGGUAGCACUGAUGAAAAACAAUGAGCCAGUAAUGUACACUUAUGAUGAAUAUAAAAAGGGUUUACUGGAUCAGGCCUCGGGGAGCGCCGUACUCCCAUUACGGAAGGGAGACACUGUGCAUGUACAGCUACCAUCGGACCAGGCAGCAGGACUUUAUGCCGGUCAGUACGUCCACUCUACAUUUUCUGGAUACUUAUUAUACUCGAUGUAAUGAAAUUUUAUAUGCUCAUAAUACGGCGCAUUGAUGGUAAAGUUUACCAUUAUGAUGGUAAAACUACUUAACACUCAAGGUACAUUGUAGGCCAAGUUAAACAGUUUACACUAGAUGGCGGCAGAAUAAUAGUUUUGCAUCGUAGCAACAUAUUUAAUUGAAUUAUUCUUCGCAUUACAAUCAUCACAUCUGUUUGAGCCUAUGUAGGAAGAAAAGAUUUUUGUCUUGACUCUUAGUUGAGGAGGACCAAAGAUCAAAAAGCACUACCAAACAAUAUAAUUCCUUAAACGUUUACAUUGUACAUUUAUUCUUGUAUCCAUCCACACGCAAUAUACCAGUGUCAAUGAUAUGGCAGGAAUCAUUCCUAAAAGCUUUAUCUUGCAGACUAUCACUUUAGAUUAGCACCUUUUUCAUUUAUACAAAGCACAAAAACAUAUCAAAUGCAUUAUACGGUGCAUUUAGUUACAACUAUGACAGACAGUUGGCUUAUACAUGAAACCAUUGUUCUUUUAUAAGUUUGUUUUCUUACAUUACUUACAAAAUCUUCAUACACAUCUUCUAAUGCAGAUUCAAGUGACUGUAAAAUAAUCACACUUAGUGAGCAUUUUACAAGUUAUCCAACCAUCUUUCAAGUCAUAAAGGACCAAGAAAAAAAUGCUGUGCAGUUGUUCCCACAAUUUGGAAAGUGAACAAUUUGUCUUCUUUGAUUUGUUUUGUUUUUUUAAUAUGGAAACUAGGUUUUUGGCAGUUUGUUGAUACUUUUUGUAAUUUAUAUUCUUGACUACUGAUUACUUGGAUCUUGCUUUUUUUGUUGAAACGUAAAUGAGAUAAUUCAUUGGAAAAUGCUCUAAAACACACACAAGCUGUAGCAAAAGAAAAAACCUUCAAACAUGCUAAUUACAUACAAUUACGCACUUUCAUAGCAAUGUUUUUGCUUUGUUUUUUGUUUUCAAAUUGUGGAUGUUCCAUUUUGAAGAGUUAUUCUUUGUUUUCCUUUAGUUUUUCUUUGUCAGACAAUGGUGCACAGAGGUAGAUGGAAACUGUGUCCAAAGUAUGUGAAUUUUUACAUAUAUAUAUAUAUCGGUUUAAUAAAAGAAUACAAAAAUAAA